AUGCCUGGUAGCCGGCGGAGGGAGCCCUGCCCCAGGCUCACCGCCCUGCGGGGGCGGAGCGGCGGCGAGGACGGGCUCGGCCGGCGACGGCGGCCGGCGGAGCGUCCCACGGAGGAAGAGGCGGCGGCGGCCGGCGGAGGCGAGGAGGGCGGCGCGGGCCGCGGCCUGCCCGCCAGGGAGGCGCCCCGGCCGUCGCCGUCGCGGGAGGCGGCGGUGCGCGGCGCGGCAGAGCCAUGUUUACAUAAAACUCCAAAGAGAUCACUGAGUAGGAAAUCCAGAAUACCCACCUUCAGCUCACCAGUUAAUGACACUGAUAUACAGCAAGAAAUCUUUUGGGAUCCUCAUUCACCAAUUGCACGUGGAAUAGGCAAAGGAAAAACCAAACAGCUUACCAGUAGAUGUGCAGUAGAAAUUUCAGAAAUUGUUAAUAGGAUUGCUCCUCAGGAUGAAAAAGCAGCCUGUAAUGAAGGCUCCCUUCUGGGGACGUGGAUUGGUGAGGAUGCUAUUCCCUGCACACCUGGAGUAGUAAAAGUGCGAGCCAGGACAAAGUUGUGUUGUACAAGAGAUCUAAAAAUAAAAAGUCCUGAAGAGGAGCUCAUGAAGCUGGCCAAGGAAUUUGAUAAAAAUCUGGUAGAGCUAGAUGCUGUUCAUGAACAAGAGAAGCUUAGUCAUGGCUUUAUCCAGACCACCUCCGAGUCUUUAAAUGAUCACAAAGAUGAAUCAAAAAUCAAGAACCUGAAAUCGCUCCUUGAUGAGGUUUCUGCAACAGGUACUGCUCUGUCUCUGAAACCAGUUGGAGAAAGCACUGGCAUCCCUACAGGAGAGCCUCGUCAGUCUAGCAGUCAAAAGUCUAUAGACCUUGAGGCUGAAAUAGCCCUUCAUGCUCUUUUUGAUUGUUCUACCCAGAAGUGUAGUGGACAGUUAAGCCAAGGGCUCUCAGGUAUUUCUCUAAAUAACAGUUUCUGUGAAAACAAAAGUAUCUUGGAGAUUGACCACCUUCCUGAGCAAAUUAAAAACGUGCAAAAUGGCAGAUCAGGUGCGUGUCGAAAAGAUACCCUACGUGCACUAGGAAGUGUGAAACAGGCUUUUCAAAAAACUGAUACUCACAUGCUGACAAAAAAAAAUUCUUCUUUGAAGACAGAAUUGGUGGUCUCCAGUAAGCCUGCUGGAGUAGUUAAUGAUGAUUUUGAUGACUGGGAUACAGACUUUUUGGCAGAUGACUCUUUUGUGAUGCAAAUAACCCAAAAUCCCGAGUUGAUAAACAUUGAAGAAGCUCCACCAAUUCCUAUAAAUCCAUCUGUGCAGGGUUCAAGUGAUGCCAGCAGAACAAAGGAAAGAAGUAAUUCUACUUCAGUAAUUUGUUUGGAGAGCGUACACAAAUCUAACAGUUUCCAGUUUUCACCUUUGAAGCAUCCUAGUAAAAAUGCACAAAAUGUUGCAAAAUCUCUUUCUUUACAAAAGCCUUAUAAUAAGAUGGAAAACUCAAAGAUGGCAAGCAUGGAUUCUGCUUGGAGAAGUGCCCCCAACAACGAUUUUAACUGUAUUCCUGUUUCAAUGCAGUCUCAAGCGAAGAAUGGAAAUGGAACUGUUGAGCCUAAAGGUAACCUUGUUCCUCUUUGUCCUUCAAGAUCUCAUUCUCGUAGACCUCAGACUGAAAAACCAGGGAAUGACACACACGUUGUUUUCUGUGAGUCAACCAGUGUUUCUACCAAUACGAAACCUAAUGUCAAUACAGGUCACUUAAAUCCAGCUGAAAUACCAAAGAAAUGUCCUCUGUCAUUUGAUGACUGGAAUGAACCAAAAUUCUCUGAUGAGGUUUUAGACAUGUUUUGUGAAUCUGAUAGUCUUUGGGAUGCAAACUGCGAGGACGAUGAAUUAUUGUAUCAGGUAUGUGAUGAUGUAGAAAAGCAGACUCAGAACCAGGAUGUUAAACAAGGAAGCGAAAGAACUAAAACAAUACAAGGAGCCAGUAUUCAAUCCAGAUCAAAUGCUGACAGUGGCUUUGCAGCAUCUAAACCAGGACUAUCUGAUCACCCCUCAGCACAACAAAGAAAUGCACAGCAGGAUGGUCGUUCAUUAGACAACUCUAGGAACUUAAGGGUUACACAUGGGCUGACUGCAACAGGGCACGUAGCAAACUGUAAAAACGUACUGAAUCCUCUAACAGCGACCUCUGGUACUUCAGCGAAGAGUAAAUACACACUGUCAAAAAACUAUCAUCAAGCUGCUUCCGAAGAUACUAGAAGGAGUGCUUCAGGAAAAUGGCAUAGGUCAAACUCUGUGCCGGCAAAAGAAACUAGUUCUGAAGCAAGCCCAGCUAAUGCAAUAAACAUUUUGUGUAGCAAAUCGUCAGAGAGCCAGCAUCUUUUGUAUAAUACAGGAAAGAUGCCAAAUAACAGUUCCUGUAACAGCAUGUCACUUCUGCCUUCAAAGUUUAAGUUUCGAAAGACUGACAGUUCUCAGAGAGCUCUUCAUGUAGGGCCUGAAAAUCCAGGGAGUCAUUCUGGCAUUGGAAUUGCUCUUCAGGGUUUGGAAGGAAGUAAGAAUCAGGUGAAUGUGACCUCGCACAGCAAGCCUGAAAAUACAAAACCACCUUUCAAGAGGCACCUUUCAGAGUCUUUUGCAUUGCCUACAUCAGUGUCUAUGGUGGAACAGAAACACAGAAAAUGUUCUCAAGAAGAAAUUGAAAGAAAAAAACAAGAAGCUCUUGCACGAAGGAAAUCCAGAAUGCAGGCAUUCUUAAAAGAUGCUUCAGUUUGACUGGAGUUUCUAAGUUCUUGGGAGGGCAAAGUUGUAACGAUGGAAGACAUUUUAAACUGCACCCAUGGUUGCUGACAGCAAGCUUUUCUUAUUUCUUGAUUGAAAAAAAGAUCCUGAUCCUGAGCCGUUACUGAUAUCCUGGUGGCAUUUAGUCUUAAUUAAAACAAACCUGUGGGAAACGUGUAGUCCCACACUGUCCUCAAAACAAUGAAUUUCCAGGCUUUUUGAGUUCCCAUUCUGUUAGGCACUGGACUUACAUGCUCUAAAAAUCAUGACCACAUGAAAAAAAUGGUGCACGCUAAUAAUUAAGAGGCUUCAAAAAUGGGCUGUAUGUAUUUUGGCUGCAUUUCUUUCACUGGAAAUAUUUUAAGCUAAAGGAUGACACUCAAAGCACACGCAGACAAUGCAAUACUUGUGUUUGCUCUCAAGGGAAAUUUCUAAAGUUUGAGUUAAAAUAAGUGCAAACUAAAAAAGUCAUAGAAAUGAAUAGAUUUUGGAAGCCUUGAUCUGUUUGUUACCUUUAGGCAAAAAUUGUGCAUGGUGAAGAAAGGGUUUAAUAUACAAAUUUCAUGAGGUGAAAUAACAAGCAAGGGAAGAACGCUUUUGUUUUUAAUUUCCUCUACGAAGAGAUGGAAUUGUCCUACCUAAUAAAGCUAGUCCAUUUUUGUUUCUUAACAUGUUACAAGCUAAUUAGAAAGGGAAGUCUCUGUCAUUGUACCAAGCCGUAAGCAAUACAAAAUGCACCAGGUGAAAUGUCACCAACUGUGAAUCAGUUCAGCAUGAUGGUUAUACAUAUUCUUCAAACUGAAGUCUGUUAAAACAUAAUAAUGCAAUGUCAUGUCAGCUUAACGGGGGCUGAUAGAAUUCUCAAUGUGAUAGAUGGGUGCAGAGCUCAAACUGCAAAAAGGGCCUGUGGGUAAGCUGUGAGAUGUUUUUUAACUGAGGGAUGCUUACAUGUAAACAUGUGACACUAUGAAAAGUGACUGUGAUUUUUCUUUGUAAAUAACUAACUUUGAAAUGUACCAAAGGUCAGAUGAAGCUUUUGGUUUCUGUUAAAUGUACCAUUUUUGUAACUUUGGAAAAUGUAAGUAUUGUAUAUUUGUAAAUUGUUAUUAAACUUCUUUUUUUUUUUU